UUUUGAUUUGAUCACUCACUUCAGUCACUAACCCUGAUCACGACGUGAUUGCCCCCAAUGGAAUCCGGUGACGGUUACAGCGGACGAGGAACUCAACAACCGAACGACGAGGUGAUUCUACAACCAGAAUGGAGACGCCGAACUGCCUCAACCGGAGGAGAACAAAACCUUACUCUCCAACCAGAAUGGAGGCGAGGUAGGUCAACAGCAACAGCUCUCCCUUCUCCUUCCCAUGCCGGCGAUGAAGCUCAGAAGAAGGAUGGUGAGCAGAAAAAGGAGGUUAUCCUUCAACCAGAAUGGAGACGAUCAAGGUCCACUACUACUACUGCCACUGCAUAUCCAUGGAAUCAAAACCAAAAUUAUGGUGUAAGAAAACCAUUUGGUUCGAGUUCGAGUUCUAGUGGUGUUCAAAGAAGUAGAAACAUUGAUGAAUCUUGGCGAAAUGCUCCACCGCUAGAUUAUGUAGUUCCUAAACUGGAAAGUCUACAAAUAUCGAAAGAUUUAGCUGCAUCAUCAUUUUCACUUGAAAGAAAGGAUAAAGCUUUGCCUAUUCGGAGACCUGACCGUGGUGGCACAUUAUCGAUUCUUACGAGCAGACUUUGUGUCAAUCAUUUUCUUUUGAAGUUCAAUCCAGAGAGUAUAAUAUUUCAUUACAAUGUUAGCGUGAAACCUAAUUUUUCCUCAAAAGUUGGCCAGCCUCGGAAGUUGUCUAAUAAUGACCUGUCCAUGAUUAGAGAGAAAUUGUUUUCUGAUGAUCCCGAGAGGUUCCCCUUGGACAUGACUGCGCAUGACGGUGCCAAAAAUAUCUUUAGUGCGGUGCAGUUACCAGAAGAGACUGUUAAUGUGGUGGUCUUUGAUGGAGAGGAUGAAAAGACCACUUCAUAUAGUGUUACCAUAACACUUCUUAAUAAACUCAGACUUCACAAGUUAAUGGACUAUCUUUGUGGGCAUUCACUCUCUCUUCCUAGGGAUAUUUUACAAGGAAUGGAUGUCGUGGUAAAAGAGAAUCCUGCUAGGCGCACAAUUUCUGUGGGACGGCACUUCUAUCCCACAAAUCCUCCUUUAGUAAUGAAGGAACUUCGCCCUGGAAUAAUUGCGGUCGGGGGGUUUCAGCAUAGUUUAAAACCUACUUCUCAGGGUCUGUCCUUGUGUGUAGACUACUCGGUGGUGCCUUUCCGAAAGCAAAUGUCCGUCUUGGAUUUCUUGCAUGAGCGUAUCAAUGGCUUUAACUUGGGUGAAUUUCAAAAGUUCAGGAAAUACGUUGAGGAGGUGCUUAUUGGAUUGAAAGUUAGUGUGACUCACCGGAAGUCCAAACAGAAAUAUAUUAUUGCCGGAUUAACACCUACGGUUACAAGGCAUGUCACUUUCCCCAUUGACUAUACUAAGAGCUGGAAAAUUGAAAAGGAUGUUAAUCUUCUUAGCUUUUUUAAUGAGAAAUAUGACAAGGACAUUGUACACAAAGACAUUCCUUGUUUAGAUUUAGGGAAAGGAAACAGGAAGAACUAUGUACCCAUGGAAUUUUGUGUUUUAGCUGAGGGCCAAAGAUAUCCCAAAGAGCGUUUGGAUGGUGCUUCAGCAAAGACAUUGGAAGCAAUGGCACUAGCUCACCCGAGCGAGAGGCAGAGUGCUAUACAGAAGAUGGUGCAAUCGAGUGAUGGACCUUGCGGCGGUGAUAUUAUUCAAAACUUUGGAAUGUCAGUCAAUAUGACCAUGACAACCAUUCUAGGACGUGUAAUUGGACCCCCGGAAUUGAAGUUGGGCGAUCCAAAUGGCAAGAUUGUCAAGAUAACAGUCGAUCUAGAUAAAUGUCAUUGGAACCUUGCCGGAAGAUCAAUGGUGGAAGGUAAACCAGUUGAGCGUUGGGCCAUUCUUGAUUUCACCAGUAUCGGGCCGUAUAAUAAAAAAUUAAGACGAAAGGAAUUUGUUGAAAAACUUAUUGGUAAAUACAAAAAGUUAGGUAUCUAUAUGCAGGAGCCCAUUUGGUAUGAAGAAUCUUCAAUGAAGAUACUUGCGAGUCAUGACUUGCUAUCUGAAUUACUUGAAAAAAUCAACAACAUUUGUAAAUAUAACCAAGGUCAACUACAAUUUCUUCUCUGCGUGAUGGCUAAUAAAAGUCCAGGUUACAAAUACCUCAAGUGGAUUUCUGAGACCCAAGUUGGUAUAAUCACACAAUGUUGUUUGUCUUAUAGUGCUAAUCAAGGGGAUGACAAAUUCUAUACUUAUCUUGCUCUCAAGAUUAAUGCCAAGCUUGGAGGCAGUAAUGUAGAGCUCAAUAAUAGGCUUCCUUACUUUGAGGGGGACGAACAUGUUAUGUUUAUAGGUGCUGAUGUCAAUCACCCUGGUUUACGGGACAACAGGAGUCCAUCAAUUGUUGCUGUGGUUGCAACCAUUAAUUGGCCAGCUGCUAAUCGCUAUGCAGCACGUGUUUGCCCACAAUUCAAUCGAAGUGAGAAAAUAUUAAACUUUGGGGAGGUUUGUGUUGAGCUUGUUGGUUGUUAUUGGAGGAUGAAUGGAGUCAGGCCAGAAAAAAUUGUUGUUUUUCGUGAUGGGGUGAGCGAGUACCAGUUUGACAUGGUUCUUAAUGAAGAGCUACUAGAUUUGAAGAGUGCAUUCCAAAGAUUAAAUUAUUUCCCAACAAUCACUCUUAUUGUAGCACAAAAACGACAUCAAACUCGAUUUUUUCCGGAUGGUUUGAAGGAUGGGUCUUCCGGUGGCAAUAUUUUACCAGGAACAGUUAUUGACACAAAAGUUAUACACCCUUUUGAGUUUGAUUUUUACCUCUGUAGUUACUAUGGAAGCCUAGGUACAAGCAAGCCUACUCACUACCAUGUUUUAUGGGAUGAGCACAAGUUUACAUCUGAUGAAUUGCAGAAACUUAUAUAUGAGAUGUGCUUUACUUUUGCAAGGUGCACUAAACCCGUGUCUUUAGUCCCUCCUGUGUAUUAUGCUGACCUUGCUGCUUAUAGAGGACGAUUGUACCACGAAGCAAGGAUUGGGAUGCAGUCUAAGAAGUCAAGAGGAUCUUCAUCUUCUAAAGGUGCAUUUGAACAAAGAUUUUACAGGUUGCAUGCUGACCUGGAAAACAUAAUGUUCUUUAUCUAACAGGCCUAUCAUCCAUUCUUACAGAAGCUGGGGAAAAUCUCAUGACUUACUCCUGCCUGCACAUAUAUCAUGUCCUAUGCUUUUUUCUACUGAAAAAUGCAAAGUAAUCUUACGAGUCUGUUUUCUAGUAUACCUUUCCAUUUUAGAGGAAUUUUAUACCUUGGAAAAUUGACAUGAUCUAAUCAAUUAGCCACUCAUAGCUCAAAGCCUAGAUCUUCAAGUAAUAUUUUGGUCUUCAAAUGAGCUCGUAAUUUAGGCGCUCCAUUUCUCUUCCCACACCUCCGGCACUUUGUGGUAUGUUGUAUUUGCAUCAUGUCUCAUUGUUAACAUGUGCGAACUAACACUACUUCCUAGCAUCAAUCUUUAAUUUCUAGCUUGCUACUGAAAAUUGGCAAAAAAAUUUUGUCUUGAUAUUAUACUGCUAUAUGAUUGUAGGAACUAAAUUUCCAGAGCUGUCUCCUAUAUUAAGUUGUUUGUGCAGUUUAUAAUUUCUAAUUCUAUUGUUGUCUUAUUGAUUCUGAUUUGACAAUCAUGCUAUUAUUUUCAUUUAUUAUUUUUUCAUGUGAACACAUGGCUUGUAAUUGUAUGUAACAAUUAUAGUUUGGAUUUCAUUCCUUAGAAUGUUUUGUUCGAUUCUUCAACAUCAGCAUUUUUAAGGUUAUCUUGAAUCUCAAAAAUCGGUACAGGUGCUUCAGUCUUCUAAUGCCAUGGUUGAGUUGAAAAUUGGGAAUGAUGCAUAAUUAGUUGUGUAGGAAAUCUCUAUCAACCAUUUCAGUUUUCCUAAUUCUAUUAAUGCAUUACCUGUAAGUACCGGUAUCAUAGUUUAUGACAUCUACCUGUUAAUCUUCAAACUUACAUAGAAGCCUUUUAGAGACUUGAUUCGUUCUCAACUGAUCAUGAUUACGAAAAUUGUCAUCUCAAAAAGGAGGAAGAAAAAGAACUGGACAAAAAUUAUACAUCAGACAUGCUGCACUAAAGAUUGUAACGGAUGAUAUGUAAGCUAUGUAUUGUGCACAUUGAUUUUGAUUAAGGAAAUGAUAUUAUUUCAUUUAAUGUAGCUUCAAACACUCAGAAUAUGAUCAUUGGAGUCUGGCACAUACUAA